AUGGUUUACAAUCGGCUCUGCUUUGGCCAUGCCUCUAAUGCUUUCUUCGGCUUCAGCUACCAUCCGCGGAUUCGCGCGAAGUCACUUCUUGCUACGCUCUACUCCGAGUCAACCCCUCAACUUAAUUCCUUCAUCCAGUGCGCGAAGUUACUUCUUGCUACGUUCAUCCCGUCCAUCUUAAUAUUACCAGCUCUGAUCCAAGUCAUGACCAUCAAGAUCUAUGGCAACCUAACUAUGUCAGGAAACUCUUCCAUCACCACUACUCGAUGUAGCCAAAGUCGCCCAUCAAGAGCUCAAACUGUCGCUCGAGCAAGAAGGAGCACCUCUCCUCCGCAUAUCCAACCGGUGGUAGAAGAUGUAGCAAUUGAAGAUCUAGCUCCCGAGAAUGUGCCCAUUUUAGAUCACGCUGUCGGAAAUCACGCCGUAGAAAAUCACGCUAUUGAUCAUCACGCCAUAGAAAAUCACGCCAUUGAACAGCACGCCGUAGAAAAUCACGCUAUUGAACAUCACGCCGUAGAAAAUCACGCUAAUGAACAUCACGCCGUAGAACCUGUUGCGGUAGAUGCUCUACGUCAACGACGCGGGCAGUUGGCACUGUUAGGUCAAGGACCAAGAAGAAAUGCUCCCCUUCCCCGGCGUCGUUCGUCAAGAAUCGCUCGUCGGGCCAAUCUCAGCAACGCGCUGUUGCACCCGCGAAGACGACGUCCACUUCCGUCCGCCCAUGAAGAUCAUGACUUCUGGGCCAAGAUCUGGACCUUACCCACCAAUCUUCUCCGGUAUCUCUCACCUGGAUGGCACCCACUUUGGACCACUCGAGGUCUUUUUCGCCAAAUCAUCUGGCACUUCAAGCCAAACCAACGCAUCCCGUGUAGAACGCUCAAAGUAGAUUUGAUAGAACUCUUUGAAGUUCAUGUGGCCCAACAGUAUGGCGCUUACUAUGGAAUCUAG